CUGUAGGACUUGGCUUCCCUUGUUUAUCCCCAGCCAUAUCUGGGCAGCUGCCAGGGUCCGCCCAGGCUCUGCUGUCAUUGGAGGAACUCAAACUUUAAGGCUGCUGCUAAGAAUCGAGACACUUCCUUUCCUCUUGCUGAUGGGCCUGCUGUGACUGGUCUGGGAGCAGUGAGCACUAGUCCAGCCCCAAACAAGCCUCUCACCAUGGCAGCCUGCUGCAGGGACAUCCUCCAGUAUGAGACAGACAAAACCAUACAGAUCCAGAGCACGAACUUCGGCGCCAUUAAGUGGGUCUUCCACGUGAUUGUCUUUUCCUAUGUUAGCUUUGCUUUGGUGAGUGACAAGCUGUACCAGAGGAAAGAGUCUGUUAUCAGUUCUGUGCACACCAAGGUGAAAGGGGUAGCAGAGGUGAAAGAGGAGAUUAUAGAGAAUGGAAAGAAGAAGGUGGUGCCCAGUAUCUUCGACACGGCAGAUUACACCUUCCCCUUGCAGGGUAACUCCUUCUUUGUGAUGACAAACUUUCUCAAGACUGAAGACCAGAAGCAGGGGCUCUGCGCCGAGUAUCCCACCCGCAGGACACUCUGUUACUCUGACAAGAGUUGCAAAAAGGGAUGGAUGGACCCACAGAGCAAAGGAAUCCAGACUGGAAGGUGUAUAGUGUAUAAAGGAAACCAGAAGACCUGUGAAGUCUAUGCCUGGUGUCCUACCGAGGCACCGGAAGAGGCCCCCCGGCCUGCGCUCUUGAACAGUGCCAAAAACUUCACUGUGUUCAUCAAGAACAAUAUUGACUUCCCUGGCCACAAUUACACCACGAGAAACAUCUUGCCAGAUUUCAACAAGACUUGCAUCUUUCACAAGACUAAGGAUCCACUGUGCCCCAUUUUCCGACUAGGAGAUAUUUUCCAAGAAACAGGAGAUAACUUUUCAGAAGUGGCAAUUCAGGGAGGAAUCAUGGGCAUUGAGAUCUACUGGGACUGCAACCUGGACCGCUGGUUCCAUCACUGCCGUCCACAAUACAGGUUCCGUCGCCUUGACGACAAGAUAACCAAUGAGACCUUGCACCCUGGCUACAACUUCAGAUACGCCAAGUACUAUAAGGAAAACAAUGUUGAAAAACGGACUCUGAUAAAAGUCUUUGGGAUCCGUUUUGACAUCCUGGUCUUUGGCACCGGAGGAAAAUUUGACAUUAUCCCGCUGAUCGUGUACAUCGGCUCGACCCUCUCCUACUUUGGUUUGGCCACUGUGUUCAUUGACUUUCUCAUCAACGCUUAUUCGAGUGCAUGUUGUCGAUCCUUCAUUUAUCCCUGUUGCAAGUGCUGUGAAGGCUGCAGAGUCAACGAGUAUUACAAUAGGAAGAAGUGCGAGGUCAUCAUGGAGCCAAAGCGGACAUUAAAAUAUGUGUCCUUUGUGGAUGAAUCCCACAUCAGAAUGGUGGACGAACAGCUACUUGGGAGAAGUCUGCAAGAUGUCAACGGCAGAAAAGUCCCAAGACCCUUGAUGGAUUUCACAGACUUGUCCAGGCUGCCCCUGUCUCCCCCAGUCCCACCCCCCAUUCCUGGACAGCCAGAGGAGAUGCAGCUGCUUAAAGAAGUGGUGACUCCGACAUCUAACAGCCCCAACUGGUGCAAGUGUGGAAACUGCCUCCCGUCCCAACUCCCUAAGAACCGCCAAUGCAUCGAGGAGCUGUGCUGUCGGAAGGAGGCAGGUGCCUGCAUCACUACCUCAGCGCUGUUCAGGGAGCUUGUCCUGUCCAGACGUGCCCUGCAGCUCCUCCUGCUCUACCAGGAGCCCUUGCUCGCGCUGGAUGAGGACAGCGCCAACCGCCGGCUGCGGCACUGUGCCUACAGGUGCUAUGCCACCUGGCGCUUCGGCUCCCAGGACCUGGCAGACUUCGCUAUCCUGCCCAGCUGUUGCCGCUGGAGGAUCCGGAAUGAGUUUCCCAAGAGUGAAGGCCAGUACAGUGGCUUCAAGAGUCCUUGCUGGUUGGAUAGGGCUGAGCAGCCAUAGUAACAUUACCUUUGCUUGCAUCUUGAGCUUCAACUGCAAAGAUCUGUAGCCAGAUUUUCAGACAAAGGGAAAUGUGCUUUUCUCCACUACAGCUCUGUCUGUGUCAGAGAGCAGAGAGGCUUCGGUAAACAAGUAAGCCAGAAGAGCUCAGCAUGGACUACCAGUCAAAAGAUUCAGGUGUCUGCCUCAAUUCUGUCCCUAGGAAGUUGUGUGAUCCUAGGCCUUUAACCUCUUUACCUCAGUUGCCUUAUUAUCCAACCUACUAUCUCACAGAGACAUGGGGAGGGAAAAUUCUUAUUCAUGCAUAAAGAGCUACCAUACGAAGCUCAUUAUGAAUUCGGACUUGGAUAGUAUCCCACUAUGAACAAACCCUUUGGGUCCUGGGUCCUGGUGGGAGAAUGUGGAGGAUUUAAAGUUGCCACAAAUUCUGUGGCACUUGUCCCUCAAGACCUGAGGGUUAUGUCUCCUCCCUUGCAUUUGGGUGGCUCUGAUGGCUUAUCCAAUAGUGGAAGUGAUGCUGUGUUACCUUCAAGGUCUUGGUCUUAAGAGGCUGGCGACUUCCACUCCCUCUCCCGUGGCACUCUUGCUGUGAAAGAAGCCAGCCAUCAGGUGAAAGUCUGACUAUUCUGAGACUGUGAGGAAGCCCAAGAAGCCAUGUGGAGAGGGCAGAUCCUGACCAGUCCCAGCUUUCAAAUCAUACAAGCCCAGUCACUAGAUGUGGUUGAGAAGACCAGAUGUUUCAAGAGCCCACACACAUCUGCAACUGCCUGAGACACCCCAAGAGACCUGCCCAGUGAACCCACACUGUUUUAAGCCAUUAAGUUGGGAGUUCUUUGUUUACAUAGCAACAGAAAACUGGGACAAAAGAGCAGGCCUGACUCAUGGGGCCAUACACUCAGCCCAUCCCUUCCCUGGUUCUAAAGGUCUUAGGGAGCCUGGACCACCCCGGAGCUCCUCAGGGGCCAUGGCUCCUAUUCAGCAACUCUAGGAGGGCUGCAGACCAAAUCAGGGAACUCGCCAGCACAGCCCUGGAAUCCAUCGCCUCUAACUACCAAGCUACCCAAUGCACUCCAAUUGCAUCACAUUUCUAUGACUGGAA